UGGCUUUGGGACAAAGGGAUUAAAUUAAAGAUUCUUAUUAAAGAUGGUUAGCAAUGUGAGCUUACAAAAAGUCUUGUUGUCGAGACCCUUAAUGACAAUUCUUCAAAUGAAAGUAUGUUUAGUCCUAUACAAAUAAAGCACGAAUGUACAACCAUAGAGGAUGUAAACGCAAGUAAUAGAAUUAAUAGCUCAGAUAGUUCCUUGUAUCCUUUUAUCAAUCAAGAUAUUGGGUAUAAGCACCGUCAGUUGUCUCAGUUUUGGGAACAAACGCAGUUAACAAACGAGGUGCCUGCGAAAAAUGAAAUUCAUGAUCAACAGGCUAUGUUUCGAGCAGAAGAAGCUGAUAGUUUAUCAUAUAUGCAAAACAGCAUAUUCCUUUCAGUUGAUCAAGAGGAUGGCAACAAUCAAAUACAGGCAAAUAAUCAGUGUGAUCCUCUGAGUACAAGUAAUGUCGUCAUAGUUCAAGAAAACAAACAGUCACAGCCUGUACAGGAUUUGCAGAAUGUAGGAAAUAUUAGUCAAACAUUAACAGCACAAUCGCUGAGUGCUGUAAGAAACAAUCGUCUUGGGAGACCAUCCAAAAGUUCCGCAGAAUCUAGUACAGGAAAAAAGUUAAAAUGUCAAUGUGAAAUUUGCUUCAAGGAAUUUGGACACAAAAGCAAUUUAUUUAUUCAUAUGAGAACGCAUAAUGGAGAUAGGCCAUAUAAAUGCAGCCAAUGUGAAAAGUGUUUUACACACAGUGGAAACUUGGCUAUACAUAUGAGAACGCAUUCUGGUGAACGUCCAUACGGUUGUCAGAUAUGUGGAAAAAUGUUUAGCCAUAGUGGAAAUCUCUCCACUCACUUAAGAACUCAUUCGGGUGUAAAGCCCUACAAAUGUAAUGUGUGUGGUAAAGAAUUUAGGCACAGUGGUAACUUGUCGAUACAUGAGAGGAUACAUUCCGGAAUUAUUCCAUUUCAAUGUAAAAUUUGUGGGAAAAAGUUCCAUCACAGUGGUAAUUUAACAACUCAUAUGAAGAAACAUCCUGUAAAUACAGACACAAAUCCAAUCGAUUGUGAAAACAAUCAAAAGCAUGUACUGCAUACUAGUACUGCAGAUGUUAAUAUUACUGCUUCUUCAAACUAUUUAAAUAAUGUAUCUUUAACGCUCAAUGAUGACAUUAAAUUAAUGCAUAAUACUAGUAAUGUGGUUCCUAUAAAGAAUGAAAGUACAGAAGAUACUGUAUUAAAUACGAUGGGAAGAUUAACAUCUACUUCUAGUUGAAGGUAUACAUUAUUAUUAUUAUGCAGGAUAAGUUA